CGGGCGGGGAGGGCGGGGCCGCCGGCGGCAUGGCGGGCGCGGCAGCGCCCCCUCUCCGCGGCUCCCAGCCCCGUCCCCGCUGGCCGCAAAUGGCUCUUCCCUCGCCGGCCUCUUUGUGUGAAGCACACUCGGAACAGCGACUCUGCGCCGCGUCCCCUGCCGCCGCCCGCCGAGCCGAGCGCAGCCGUGCUGUUCUGUGCCGUGCCGGGCUGUGCUGAGGCAGGAGAAGCGGCCGGCGUGGGGCGGCCAUUGCAGCGCGGGCAGCCUGCUUCGCCGCUCCUCCCCGGGGGUGCGCGGGGGGCUCCAGCUGCCGCCUCCUCCGACACCCUCCCAGCUCCGCUGCUCGGGGUGGAGAGCAAGCAAAACACACGGCCACCAAACCCCACCAAAUAAAUACCAACAAUAACACUUAAAAAAAAAAAGGGGAGGAAAAAAAAAAAAAAAGAAGGAAAGAAAGAAAGGAAGGAAAAGAAAGAAAACGGGGAUUAAAAAAAAAAAAAAGAAAAAAAAAAAAAAAAAAAAGGACCGGGAAGAGAACGGAGGGAGCGAGCGAGAGGGAGGGAGGGAGAAGCGAACCAACUCCGAGACUCCCAUAAAGAGCCGCACACACGGAGCGAGCGCCCCGGUGCCGAGGCGUGGGGGAAACAAUAAGUACUCGAAGUUACCUGCCCUGCCGUAGAAGAAGGAGGGUUUGUCGAUUCUCCCGCAGACAUCUGCAGACCGGUGCUUUUUUGGAAGAGAUUUUUUUUUAUUACUUUCCCCCCCCCUUCCUCUCUCCUCUCUCUUUCUUUACAAACCACAAACGGAUGUGAGGCAGGGAAGGUGUUUCUUUGACUACUGAAGUCAGGCACCUCUUUUUUAUUCUUCUCAGUUUUGUUGUGUUUCUCCCCCCCCUUCCCCACACACACACGCACUCACAUACACACGCACACCUUUUUGCACCAACAUUAACGACAAAAAGACAAGGAAAGGAGUUUGCUUGAUGUUUUAGUGAAAUGGACGUAAGAUUUUAUUCGCCACCUCCUCAGCCUGCAGCCGCUCCUGAUACGCCUUGUUUGGGACCUUCCCCCUGCCUGGACCCCUACUAUUGCAACAAGUUCGACGGCGAGAACAUGUACAUGAGCAUGACAGAGCCGAGCCAGGACUAUGUGCCAGCCAGCCAGUCUUUUCCUGGCCCAAGUCUUGAAAGUGAAGAUUUUAACAUACCUCCUAUAACUCCUCCAUCAUUGCCUGACCACUCCCUGGUGCACUUGAACGAGAUAGAGUCCGGGUACCACUCGCUGUGUCAUCCCAUGAAUCACAAUGGCCUCCUUCCAUUCCACCCCCAAAACAUGGAUCUACCUGAAAUUACAGUAUCCAACAUGCUUGGCCAGGAUGGGACACUGCUUUCCAGUUCUCUCUCAGUGAUGCAAGAUUUACGGAAUACAGAAGGAGCCCAGUAUAGUUCCCAUCCUCAGAUGGCAACCAUGAGGCCAAGGGUUCAAGCUGCAGAUAUUAGGCAGCCAGGAAUGAUGCAGCACGGGCAGCUGACUACUAUUAACCAGUCCCAGCUCAGUGCACAGCUUGGUUUGAAUAUGGGUGGAAACAGUGUUCCUCACAACUCGCCCUCUCCACCUGGAAGCAAAUCUGCAACUCCUUCACCAUCCAGUUCAGUCCAUGAAGAUGAAGGAGAAGAUAGCUCUAAGGUCAAUGGUGGAGAGAAGAGACCUGCUUCAGAUAUGGGAAAGAAACCCAAAACUCCCAAGAAGAAGAAGAAGAAGGACCCAAAUGAGCCACAGAAGCCUGUGUCUGCCUAUGCAUUGUUCUUUCGGGACACUCAAGCAGCCAUCAAAGGCCAAAACCCCAAUGCUACUUUUGGUGAAGUCUCUAAAAUUGUAGCUUCAAUGUGGGAUGGCUUAGGAGAAGAACAAAAACAGGUAUACAAAAAGAAAACUGAAGCUGCCAAGAAGGAAUAUCUGAAGCAGUUAGCUGCCUACAGAGCAAGCCUUGUAUCCAAGAGCUACAGUGAACCUGUCGAUGUCAAAGCCUCCCCACAGCCUCAGAUGAUGAAUUCAAAGCAGUCGGUGUUCCAUGGCCCCACUCAGGCUCACUCUGCACUGUACCUCAGUUCCCACUACCACCAACAACCAGGAAUGAGUCCUCACAUCACUGCCAUGCAUGCCAAUAUCCCCAGGAACAUAGCACCUAAACCCAACAACCAAAUGCCAGUGACUGUUUCCAUAGCAAACAUGGCUGUGUCCCCACCACCUCCUCUUCAGAUCAGUCCCCCCCUGCACCAGCAUCUCAACAUCCAGCAGCACCAACCAAUCUCAAUGCAGCAGUCCCUUGGGAACCAGCUACCCAUGCAGGUCCAGUCUGCUUUACAUUCACCUACCAUGCAGCAGGGAUUUACUCUCCAGCCUGAUUAUCAGAAUAUCAUCAACCCAACAUCAACAGCUGCACAAGUUGUUACCCAAGCAAUGGAGUACGUUCGUUCAGGGUGCAGAAAUCCUCCAGCACAGACUGUGGACUGGAAUAAUGACUACUGCAGUAAUGGGGGCAUGCAGAGGGACAAAGCGCUCUACCUUACCUGAAAAUCGGAACCACCUCUCCUUUCCACUGAGGAAUGCAGGGAAGUCU